CCCAACUUCCGAGGCGCCCUCAUUGCCCAGCCAGACCCCAGCCUCCGCCAGGUCCGGGCCGCCGUCCUUGCUCAGUUCUCUACGGUUCCCCAGCCCAGCGCCCCGGGACGCUCCAGCCCCGCUCGCUCGCUCGCUCGCUCUCCUCCUCCGUCCGCUCCGCUCCGACACCAUGAACAAGUUCGGGUGGUGCGCCGCGUGGGGACUCUGCCUCUUGCAGCUGAGCCUGGCGCAGAUCGGUAAGAUCGAUUUGAAUGUAACCUGCCGGUACGCAGGCGUAUUCCAUGUGGAGAAAAAUGGUCGCUACAGCAUCUCACGGACUGAGGCAGCUGACCUCUGCAAGGCUUUCGAUUGCACCCUGCCCACCAUGGCCCAGAUGGAGAAAGCCUGGCAAGCGGGGUUUGAGACCUGCAGGUACGGGUUCAUAGAAGGGCACGUGGUGAUUCCCCGCAUCCACCCCAACCCCAUCUGUGCCGCAAACAACACAGGGGUGUACAUCCUCACCUCCAACACCUCCCAGUACGACACGUACUGCUACAAUGCUUCAGCACCGCAAGGAGAAGAUUGUACCGCAAUCACAAACCUGACCAAUGCCUUUGACGGAGAGGUAUCCAUCAGUAUUGUUAACCGGGAUGGUACCCGCUACACCCAGAAGGGCGAAUACAGAACUAACCCUGAUGACAUCAACAACACUACUGCUGACUAUGACACCAGCAGUGGGUCCUACGGUGAAAGAAGCACUCCAGAAAGUUACAUCAUCCACACCCACUUUCCGACUGCUCACCCGACCCAAGACCAAGACAGUCCCGGAGUGUCCUACUAUCCGGAGGAGACCCCCGACACCACUGCAACAGCUUUGAUGAGCACUAGUGGUACAACUCCCAAAACUACAACCAAGAGGCGAGAAGCUGAGGAUUGGUUUUCAUGGUUGUUUCAACCAUCAGAGUCUAAGAACCAUCUUCACACAACAACAGUAAUGGCUGGUACGGAUUCAAAUACCAUCUCAGCAGGCUGGAAGCCAACUGAAGAAAAUGAAGAUGAAAGAGACAAACACCCCAUUCAUUCUGGAUCAGGCAUUGAUGAUGAUGAAGAUUUUAUCUCCAGCACCAUUUCAGCCACACCACAGGCUUCUGACCACUCAACCCAGAACCGGAAUGGGAGCCAGUGGAGCCCAGGCUUUCUAAACCCAGAAGUAUCACUUCAGACAACCACAAGGAUGACUGUGUAUAUAAACAUCAUCACAACAGAUGUGGACAGAAGUGGCACCAGUGAUUAUGGAGAAAACUGGACCCAGGAGGCACAGUCGCCUCUCACUCAUCAUGAGCAUCAUGACGAAGCGGCGACCCAGCAUUCUACAAGCACAAUCUCAGCCCACGACACCCAUCCAAAUCAGAGAACGACAACACCGAGUGAAGAGGACAGUUCCUGGACUUAUUUUUUGGACCCAAUCUCACAUCCAAUGGGACGAGGUCAUCAAACAGAAAGCAGAAUGGAUAUGGACUCCAGCCAUAGUACAACACUUCAGCCUUCUGCAGAUUCAAACACACAUUUGGCAGAAGACUGGGACAGGACAGGACCUCUUCCAGUGACAACUCAGCAGAGUCAUACUCAGAGCUUCUCUACAUCACAUGGAGGCUUGGAAGAAGAUAAAGGCCAGCCAAUGACGUCCACUCCAACAUCUAGCAAUAGGCAUGAUGGCGGAGGUGGAAAUCUUCCUGAAGACUCAGCUACUUCAGUGGGAGGUUAUACUUCUCAUUCCCCAGACACAAAGGAGUACACAACCCUCAUCCCAGUGACCCCUGCUAAUACUGAGUCCCCUGGAGUUACUGAAGUUACUGUUGAUGGAGAUUCCAACGUUAAUAUUGAUGGUCCCUUGCCAGAAGAUGGAGACUCAUCUUCCGACCGCAGCGACCAUACCACCCAAAGAUCUGGACCAACUGGACACUCCAGUGGGAGUCAAGAAGGUGAUGCCAACACGACCUCGGGUCCUAUAAGGAAACCUCAAAUUCCAGAGUGGCUGAUCAUCUUGGCGUCCCUCCUGGCCCUGGCUUUGAUUCUCGCAGUUUGCAUCGCGGUCAACAGCCGAAGAAGGUGUGGGCAGAAGAAAAAGCUGGUGAUCAAUGGGAAUGGAGCUGUGGAGGACAGAAAGCCAAGCGGACUCAACGGGGAGGCCAGCAAGUCUCAGGAGAUGGUGCAUUUGGUGAACAAGGAGUCGUCGGAGACCCCAGACCAGUGUAUGACAGCCGAUGAGACACGGAACCUACAGAACGUGGACAUGAAGAUUGGGGUGUAACACCUAUUCCACGACCUUGGAUAGAAAUCACACAUAACCAAUACAGGGAGCUGGGACACUCACAGAUGCAAUGUGCUACUGAUUAUUUCAUUGGGGUUAUUUUUUUUUUUUUUUUUUUUUUAGCAUAACAUUUUCUACUCCUUUUUGUUUAUUGUGCUUUGUUUUUUGAAGUCAGUCAAUUUAUAAAAAGAGCAUUGCUUUCUGAAGUGAGGGCCCAAUUAACCAUCGGCAAGAUUUUGACUUAAGCCUCCCACUCCCUGGGGUAUGCUAUGGAUGGCGUCUAACAAAAGCCAUAAAUGCAUCUUUCUGAUCCUCAACCUUCCCUCCACCCCACCUGCCAGGUGACAGCCGCAUGCUAAGGACAUCCCCCCAGAGCUAAGAGGAACUGGUUCCUGAAAGGAAAUCUGAAUGGGUUCAUAUUGUCCAUCUAGGGGCCCAGUCCCUAGGCAUUGCUUUCCAUGGGGGUAGGGGACUGGGAUGUACUGGUUAUACAUCCUUUUCUACAGACGCCCUGGAAAUUUUCCCAAUGCUAUUGAGAAUGCCUAAAGGGUCAAGCUAUUUAUCUGUAGUAAGCUAUUUAUCUGUGUUUUUGAAAUAUGAAACCCUGGAGGUCCUGUAAUUAGUAUGAUUUUUUUUGUUUUUGUUACUUUGUCAGAGGCAUAAAAAGGGUUUAAGUUGAUUCAUAAUAAACAUCUGUACUUCUUCCACUUUUA